AUGACCCAGGCCGAUAAAAGGUUUCGGAGCCAGCGCUUUGAGAAUGAGGAAACAGGCCUGUGCCCGCAGUGUGAAAUUAGGGCUCGUUCUCCACACGUGAAUAACUCAGUGUUUUGUUUCUGCUGCCGGACUAUAGAAGCUCUGUCUUAUGUUUACCUUUUAUACUUUUUCAGGUGCACAGAUAAAGCAGCCGGUAAAGAUCCCAAAGAGGAGAAGGAAGAGGAGGAAGUCUCUGGUGUUCUCAGCCACGGCUCGCUCGUCAGCACGGCCAGGCCCAGCAGAAGCUGGCGCAGUAGCAGAUCGGCCACUGCUGCCCGCCGGCGUGAAACCGAGAAUUCGCGUGCCUCCAGAUCCAAGACUGGUUCCCUGCAGCUCGUCUGCAAGUCGGAACCAAACACGGACCAGCUUGAAUACGAGGUCACAGAAGAGCAUCAGUCUCCAGCUGGAAUCAGUGAUGACGAGGAGGAGAUGCUCAUCAGUGAGGAAGAAGUUCCCUUCAAAGAUGACCCCAGAGAUGAAACCUACAAGCCUCACUUAGAAAAGGAAGCCCCGAAGCAAAGGAGAAAAGCCAGCAAGGGCAAGGAGGAAAAAGAGAAGCAGAAAGAGAUUAAGGUAGAAGUGAAAGAAGAAAGUGAGUUUCAGGAAGAUGAAGAACCGCCGAGGAAGAGAGGAAGGAGGAGAAAGGAUGACAAGAGCCCAAGGCUGCCCAAGAGGAGGAAGAAGCCUCCAAUACAGUAUGUCCGCUGUGAGAUGGAAGGCUGCGGCACAGUCUUGGCUCACCCACGUUACCUGCAGCAUCACAUAAAGUAUCAGCACUUGCUGAAGAAGAAAUACGUGUGUCCCCAUCCCUCCUGUGGUCGGCUUUUCCGGCUCCAGAAGCAGCUCCUGCGGCAUGCCAAACACCACACAGAUCAAAGGGAUUAUAUCUGUGAAUACUGUGCCCGGGCAUUCAAGAGUUCUCAUAACUUGGCAGUGCACCGGAUGAUCCAUACAGGCGAGAAGCCCUUGCAGUGUGAGAUCUGUGGGUUCACCUGCCGGCAGAAGGCUUCCCUGAACUGGCACAUGAAGAAGCAUGACGCGGACUCCUUCUACCAGUUCUCCUGCAACAUUUGUGGCAAGAAGUUCGAGAAGAAGGACAGCGUCGUGGCCCACAAAGCCAAGAGCCACCCAGAGGUGCUUAUCGCUGAAGCGCUGGCUGCCAACGCGGGUGCCCUGAUCACCAGCACCGACAUUUUGGGCACUAAUCCCGAGGCCAUUGCGCCGCCCACCGAUGGCCAGGGCCUCCCCCUUCUUCCCGACCCCCUGGGAAGCGCCGCCCCAGCAGAUUGCCUGCUCGCUAACCUCUUUGUGGGCAGCGGCAGCAGUAGCAACCCGGAAGGGCUGGUCAUGAACACAGAGAUCCUGGGAGCCACCACAGAGGUGCUCAUUGAAGAUUCAGACUCCACCGGACCUUAG